AUGGAUUGCCCCUCAGGCGCCAGCACUCUUCCUCUCAAGCGACCACAAGCGGCGGAGGAGGCCCCCGAACAAACGCCUGCACAGCCCCAGCAAAGCCUCACAUCACACAGACAAGAUGGUAACCAAGCUCUAGCGACGGCUCACAACCGGAAUUGUACAGCCGUUGCACAGGAGAUAACCCCUACACAGAAAGCCUCGGACGGCUCACAGACCUUUACUGAAAGCCUGCCGACCUCUGGUAUCGGGUAAAUGGGGACACUAGCAACAAAAUGGCAGUCUGAUAUGCCACUGUGCAUGGUCAAAUGAAUAACUAGCACCCCUAGUACGGUUCAUGCCAACCUACCAAAUAUUGCGUACACAGGAACACCCAAAUUGACUUUGUAGUCACUGUUACUGAACCUUGUUUAUUGCAUAUUUUAAAUGUGUACAAUUGAAAAAGUUUGCAUUGUGAUGCGUUAGGCGCUAUAAGUUCUCUAUCCUUCUGCUUAUUCUAACUGAAAUGUCUGAGCUUACAGGUAUGUCUGUCGCUCUGCUGCUCCCUGGUGGAUAAACUUAAUUAAGCUUAUAAAAAUCUGUUAUUAACAACGACCUUAACACGUGUCUUAACGACAAAAAGCAGCUCACUAUUUUGUUUUUCACAACGUUUGCCCAGCAUGAAUGCCGACUUAGAUAUGUUGAGCGACAGUUAUCUUGAUGCAUUUUACUUAAUCUCACGCUGAUGACGCAACUGUUUAACCAAACUUGUUAAAAUUUAAAAAAAAUGUGCAGACUCUCAUGCCACUGUUAUACCAAUGUAUAUUUUCCAUUACGCUGUUGUGGCGUCUGUUGAUUCCUUGUACCUACCUGCACAGCAAAAAUAAAGAAUUAAAAAAAAAAAAAAACAGCCCUGACUCUGACCAACCACUGAUUCAGAUACGUUACAAUUGUUUCCGAUUUUUAGAUUUUUUCAGAUUUUCUGAUUUUUUGAUAGAUAGUACACUGAGCUAGCUGUUUAAAGGCUAUACAAAGCUGUAUCCUGGCACUAUUGCUCCUCCUGUCCCCUCCCCCCCACCCCCCCACCCCCCCACUGCCCCCUCUCACAUUUCUCCCUCCUUCCUGGUAAAUAAAUACCUUACCUGAUCCAAGCUCAGAUGUCUCUCUGCCCUGGGUCAAAGCUCAACCACUCCAACAUCCUGUGACGAGCGGGCUCUAAUGCGGUGGGGGCCGCAUUCGCAUUAGAUGGAUGGGGAAAAAAUUGACCCUGGAUGUCCUCAUGCAGACCGUAAUGACGUCCAGCGUCAGAUACCGGACCAAAGAGUGCGUUUCAAUUCAGGAAGCCCUCUCGUGUAGUUUCCCUGGAACUACAAUGUUUUACAUUGCAGCAAAAGGGACACAGCACCCAGACCUCUUCAAUGAGUUGAAGUGGUCUGGGUGCCUACAAUGUCCCUUUAAAUUAGCAGUAGCAAACUGUAUCCAUGUUGAAAUCAUUUAAUGCAGUGUUGAGUACUGUAUUUGCUCAGUAUAUUUGCACACAUGCACCGCCUCGCUCCUUAGCUUUUGAAACACUUUGUAUACACUUGUUUACCGGACACGUUUAGUUUGCUUUGGUUUGUUCACUUUUGUUGAUUCUACUCAUUUAUGAUUUAAAUAAAGUGACAUUUAUUAUUACCUUAUUGGUAAUUGUCUUCUAAAUCUAGCCCUUAUAUUUGGCUUGCCUUCUGGAGUUCUCAUUGAUGUUUCUAAUAGCGUUAUGCCCUUAAAUUACUGUUUUAACCCUAUUUAGGCAUCACAGCAAAGGUUUUUUUUUGUAUCUGACACUUUUAUUUGCAAAUAUUCCAGGACUAUCCAUAUGUUUGUGCUAGCGGAAAAAACAGCCCAGCUGCAUUCUUGCAGCGUUUCCCAAUUGGUGUUACACGGAACAAAAUUGGUGUUCCGUAGCAUUUUGCCACAUCCAAGUUGGCCGACGCUACCUGCUGUUCCAGGAAGGUUGGAAACAGCAUAGAUUGCGCACCCGCCGUCAGCACUCCUUGCCAUCAGAGCCCGCCCUAGUGCCCGCCCUGCCCUCAGCCAGCCACUUAGACUUAGCUCGUCUGUGAGAGAGCCCGCCCAACCAUCAGCCAGCUUGCCCAGCCGUCAGCCAGCCAGCCCUACCAUCAGCCAGCCCUGCCAUCAGUCAUUCUCUAUCACUCAUGUUAGGUAGGGACGUUUAAAUCUCUGUUAGGUAGGGACAUUGAGGCUCUGUUAGGUAGGGAAAUCGAAAGCUCUGUUAGAUAGAGAAAUAGAAAGCUCUGUUAGGUAGAGACAUUGAAAUUUUCUGUUAGGGACAUUGAAAGGCUCUGUAAGGGGCAUUGAAAGACUAUGUCAGGGGCAUUGAAAGACUCUUUGAGGGGCAUUCAAGACUGUCAAGCAGGGGAGGGCUGGCAGCCUCAGGCCUGGGGGUCGAGUGGCCCAUUGCACCCCUGAAUCAGCUCACCAUCCAUGCCCACCUUUUCCUGGUCUUAUAAAGGAUAUUGAUGUUAUGCUUAUCAGUAGCUCUUUUGCCAUACCCACUCCUUUGCGGCUCAGACUGUCAAUGUUGUGAGAGCGCAGGCUGAGAAUCUCUGAGCCUGUGCUCUGACUCACUAACUGAGCACCGGAACCACAAUUGACAGGAUAUGAUCUGACUGCACCUACUGCUGGUGCGCACCAAUGGACCACCAGGGAAUCGUUUAAAUUAAAUAUGCUGGUGUCCCAAACUUGUGAGCUGUGUUGGCCGCCGGGCGCGUCUGUUGUCAUGGCGCCCCACGUGACCCCACAGCUUGCACACCUCAAAGGCUGGCCCUGCUGACAGACACACUGGCACUCACUCUCAAUAACACACACACACAAACCCUGACAGACAAACACUCACUGACAGGCAGACACAUACACACACACACACACACACACUGACAGGCAGACACACACAUUCGCUGAAAGACUCUUACUUGACAGAUACACUUACUGACACACACACUUACUGACAGACACCAGUGCCAUCUUAACAACAUUAUGGGCCCCCGGGCAAAGCAGUGCACUGGGGCCCUGCCUACACAACUUACAGGAAUAAAAACGUAAAUUAUAGAUACAACGAAGAAUAUAUUUAGAAGUACCUCCAACAAAUGCAAUGCAUACAUACACACAGACUGCUGAAUACAGUCACACACCUACUGCUGAAUACAUGCACACGACGACUGCUGAAUACACGUAUACAGACUGCUGAAUAGAAACACACACACAGACAGACUGCUGAGUACUCACAAAGACAGACUGCUGAGUACACACAGACAGACUGCUAAGUACACAUAGAGAGUGCUGAAUACAUACACGGGAGGAGUGAUCUGCCUUACAGGUCGGCCUGUCCUGCUGCCCUGGUUCCUAGCUACCUCUCUCCCCGAUUGAAGGGAGAUCUCCCCCACUGGCCCAAGGGCAGAAAAGGCCCCAGGGGAGAUCAAAGGAUCAUGCUGCCCAGCGUGCCCAUGCAAAAAGACGGCCCUGACAGACACACACACACUUCCAGACACAGACACACACACUUACUGACAGACACACACACUCACUUUCAGACACACAUACACACACUUCCAGACAUACACACACACUGACAAACACACACACUCACUGACAGACAGACAGAUACACACACACACACACACUCACUGACAGACAGAUACACACACUCACUGACAGAUAGAUACACUCACUGACAGACAGAUACACACGCACACUUACUGACAGACAGAUACACACACACACACACACUCAUUGACAGACAGAUACACACACACACUUACUGACAGACACACACUCACACUUCCAGACACACACUGUCACACACACACACUCACUGACAGAGAGACAGACACACACACAGACUCACUGACAGACAGAUACACACACACACUCACUUCCAGACACACACUCACAAAUUAAUUUUAUUUCUUGUUGCUCCUACCUUUAAGAGUUCUCUGGGGCCUCUCCCUGGGAUCCAGUGUCUUCGAUGAUCUUCCUGCUCCUCUCUGCUCCCUCGCGCAGUUUAGUGAUGCGGGGCCGGAAUUACGUAAUAUUCCAGCUCCCGGCAUCACCAGAGAGGGCGCGCGAGGGAGCAGGAAGAUCAUCAGCAGAGGCCGCCUGCCUUCUUCCUUACGCGGCCGGUAUAUUGCUGCAGAGUAGGCACCUGCCAUCUGGGACAAGCAGGUGCCUACUCUGCCUCGCUACCGGGGCGCCCUAGAUGGCCAGUUGGCCACCUGCUGGGCUCCCUGUGACAGGCCAUUGGCCUUCUCCGCGCGGCACUUGCCUCCUCCUGACGCCAGGGACCGGUGCUGCAGCGGCCCGCCCCUGCUGUCAAGGGCAUUCAAAGACUCUUUGAGGGGCACUGAAAGACUGUCAGGGGCAUUGAAAUUCUCUGCUAGGGACAUUAAAAGGCUCUGUAGGGGAUAUUAAAAGGCGCUGUCAGGGGCAUUGAAAGACUCUGUAAGGGUCAUUGAAAUUCUCUUGCUCCUAAAAAAGAGGGACAUUAGGAUAGAAAAGAGGGGCAGAGAUAUUUGGGUCCAAAAUAGGGACUGUCCCUCCUAAACAGGGGCACUUAGGAGGUAUGGAUCCUGGGUUGGUACUCUAGGGUCUCGCUGCUGGAAAAUACAUAAUUUCCAAGAUGAACAGUUCGAGUGCAUCUUUAAACAAUCAGUGCUAAACUAACGCAUUUUGUCCAUAAAAGUACAUUUCAGCGGCACCAAUGCGUAGAAAUAUGGGGUCCUGACAGGACAAGCAGAAAAAAGAUUAUCAAGAAAAAAAAUUGUUAAUCAGUGGGUGGAGUGCUAAUUAGUGUAUAAGCAGAUAUUUGCUUACCCCUUACUGAGAAGUUGUAUAAAGUCUCGAUGUGGGGUGAUAUGUAAAGAAAAAAGGAAACAGAGCAAAUCAAGUGCAGAUAGUGCUUGAAUAAUAUUCAACACAAAGUAGAUAUAACUGUGCGCACUCACAAUUCUCGGAGCCUGGAAAUAAAGCUCUAUAUCAAUGCAGACGUGCUUUUUCUAGGCAUCAACCCAGCUUCUUGAAUGGAUGAAGAAUCUUAAACUAAACAAGAAAAGGAGUAAUGGUGCAGUAUAUCUGGAUGUAUCAUAGAUAUAAAACCACUUUCUUUUUAAGGGGACUCUCACCUUACUGAGAGCCCAUAGGUGCCUUGGCUCUCAGGUGUAAAUGCCUGGUGUCAAAAUAUAGGGUGACACUCCCCUAUCUCGAACCUGGAACAGGACUGGCUACCACAUAUUGGUGGGAAUCCACUAUUUAUUGGUAACACUAUUAAAAACAGAAGUUAACAUAUAUAAAAUCAAAUAAAAGAAAACUUUACACAAUACACGUUUCGCUGGGUAAGCUUCUUCAGUUGGCUGUGAUAUCUUCCAGGUCCAGAUAUUUGUUUAAAUACCCAUGUUUAAUUGAUUCCUUACAGUCUACUUUUUACUGUUGAAUAUUUUUGAAGCACUAUCUGGACUUGAUUUGCUCUGUUUCCUUUUUUCUUUACAUAUCACCCUACAUCUAGACUUUAUACAACUUCUCAGCAAGGGGUAAGCAAAUAUCUGCUUAUACACUAAUUAGCGCUCCACCCACCGAUUAACCAGUUUCUUCUUGAUAAUCUUUUUUCUGCUAUACGUUCGUGGUGAGUUAAGGAAGGUAUCCCCUCACGGGUGUUUUAGAGCAGCUAUUUAUCACAUUGUUUUGAAGUGCCAUCCUUCACACUAAACUCACGAGUGAGUUAUUUGUGCUUCCUAACAGGACAAGUCUGCAAGUUUACCCAAUGUCCAUGUGCAUCUGAGUGCUAUGCUGGUUUUGGGUCAAGCGUAUCAUCAGUGACAUCAUUUGCAUCACGUAAGUCCUUCCAUCCCAUUAGUGCAUGUUACAAAAUCCAUUUCAGUUAGGAACUCAAUACAGUUGUACCAUAAUUUCUUUAAUCUGUUCAAUUAGUAGUAUUAACACAGUUCAGCACAUAUGUGGUUAAGUCCUGAUACUAAUGGGUUCAUAGGUUAUUACUUUUAAUGCCGAAAUAUGGCACCAUAAAUUGGGCUAUUUCCACAAUAAAACAAUCAGGGUUUUGAAAGCUGCAAACAUGUUUAUAUAACCGAAGUAACCUUGAAGUCAGUGUGUGAUUUACAAGUAAUUCAUAUUUACAUAAUUAAUAGGGAUUUAUUCACUCCAGUACUAACACCCUAACACAGGGUAUGGGAAUAGGAUGGACCCCAGGCUCCCUCCUGGCUAUAAGAAGGUUUCUUGGACCCAUGUCAUUUUAUUUUAAGCCCAUAACCACCACACAUUGGAGCUAUAUGGAUCUAUAGACUGUAAGCUCAUUUGAACUUAGUGUUCUAUAAGUCACUAUACAUGUUUUGUUUGAAUUAAAUGGAUUUUUUGUUUUAUAUUGUACAAUGCUGCAGAAUACAUUGGCACUAUAUAAAUAAUAUCUCACCGGCCUGAGAUGGAGGCAAGAGUGAAGAAGAUCUGAGUCUCUUACUCCAUAUUUUACACAUUGGGUGUCCCAGUAGGAGAGAUCAUAGAUCAGGUGCAAACUGGCCUAUAGAGUGUCCUAGAGACACCAGCACCCGGAGCUGGGUUGGGUUUGCUUAAUUUUGAGGAUGAUGCAUCUAAUUAAUUUGUUCAGAUUUUUUUUUCAUGGUAUUUUCCAUAGAUGAUUUUCUAGGAAAUGUUCUCCUACCUGCUUGGGCAUGACCUCUUAAGUGUCCCUUUCUUUUUUGUUUGUUGGUUGGUACUUUAGAACUAUAAAUAAAUGAACUCUUACAAACCUAUCUGCAGGGGAGACAGGGGAUAAGUGAUAGUCUAAAUGGUGACAACCAAUAUUUCAGAAACUAUGUCCAACUGAGCGUCAGUGUAACAGGAGACGUACAAAAGAGUACGUUGAGCGUCAGUGUAACAGGAGACGUACAAAAGAGUAAGACUCUAUGGGUCCCAAAAUUGGGAAAGUCCAACAUCUCUGCCGGCUACUCACUACACCACCACUCGGAGCUUAGUGACCAGGCAGAUAGACAUGCAAAGUCACUAUCACAGCCCCACUCAGUUAUAUAACAUUAUAUGUUAAGAAAAUAGUAGGAGAGACAAGUAAAGUAAAGGAGUAAAGAUAUACAAAGGGGAAAGGGUGGAGAUAGAGCAGACAGUAGAGUGUGUAAGGUGGUGAAGAGACAUCAAAGGAAGGUUAUGAGAGGCACACAAGGAGAUAAGUGGAGGUAUCAGAGACACAUGAACAUAGUUAUUCAUUAUUUUCACAAAUUCAGAAUCUCAAAGCUAUUCCUGUAAGAGGUCUGGAAUUGGGUCAGGGGAAGGCAAGACAGCAGUAGGAAUGAGUGUCAAUGAGAGAGGGGAAGAUGAAGACAAAAAAAACAACAGGACAUGGCACAUAAUUAAGUUUUUUCCCUCCAAAUUCAUAAGAGAGAGAUCUCUUGUUGUCCCUAUGUGCAUCAACAUAAAAAUAUAAUAUAACCCGAUUUCCACUUCCUUAACGUUUUCCCAAACCUCCCCAAAUAUUACAAGGAGACACGGACAGCAGGUGGAUAGGGAAAAACCAUCACUGGUUGCUUUGAUAAUCAAUAAUAAAAAAGGCUUUCAACAUUUAACUGAUAAAGUAAAUAAGUGUUAAUACUGAAUAGCUGUAGGUAGUGAAGCCCUAACUUUAUGCCUCAGAUGAUGUGGCUCCCACCUAGUCCUGCAGCAGAGCCCCAUCCUUUCAGCCUAAGCAGAUGCAUACUGGACCUCAGUGGAGAUCUUCGGCCACAGCACCUUACCGAGAUGCUCUGGAAGAGCUCCCCAACAGGCCAACACCCAGAGAGGAAAACAGCCCAACCAAAACCUGCCAGCACUCCCAUCCUCCAUCUCUACAAUACUCCUCUCGCUUUAGAGGUAAAUAGGACAUAACUCUCGCUCUACAUAGUAUUUGCGCUGUCAGUCCUAAGUAGUUUUUUUGGGGGAAAGUUAAAACGGCCAGAGCAGCGAGCUCGACCAAGCAGGCCUCGUACUGGGAAACUAACCACCCCAAAAAAGGAGAAGCAAAACUCAUUGCAGAAACCACCAGCAAGUCCACUACCGAAAACUCAGGGCGGGAAGACCUGCAGAGGACAAAGCAGAAAGAGAGAGAGACUGUCAGACUGGAAGGGCCCCCAAUAAGAUAUGACAAGACCCCCUCCUUCCUGCCACAAAAAGUAACCAUUUAGUUGCACCCCCCUCCAAGGAGAUAUCCCCUGAAUGUGUUACUUGCCCACUAUAGUGCCCCCCACUCACAAUAUUCUUAUGGCAGCAAUAAAUAAUGCUGUAUUAUAGGCUUGGUGUAAUUGUAAUGAUACAAUUUAUGGUUAUUUAAUAGAGACAGAAUUGACCAGAGAAUUGCGAAUUUUAAGUAGUUAAAUUGCAAAAACUCUCCAGCUCUCCUAGUCUGGACUCAAAUCUUCAAUUCCUUUCUCAGUUCAUAAAAGGAAGAUAUAAAACAUUUUCAGUGGAUUGUAUUUGUUACCAAUAGCCCUGUAUUUCAUUAGUUUGAUGGUUGUUUUGUGUGUAGAAAUUGAGAUUUAUACUCAGACCCGUGAAUAAUGAAUAGCUAGGAAUGGAAGUGCAUAGUUUUUGGCCAAAACAGACAAACUGGAACAAAAUCUGAAUUGGAGAUUUUUUUAAAUGUAUUUAUUUAUUGACUGGUUUGGUCUUAAAGCUGCCCAAUGUAACAAUUCCUGGUUUUACACAGAGGGUGUUUUAUAUUAGUGAUUAUAGUGAUUAGGAUAUAUCGGGAUCCGGCAAUGAUGGUUUAUAUUAGUGAUUAGGAUAUAUUGGGAUACAGUGAGGAUGGUUUAUAUUAGUGAUUAGGAUAUAUUAAUACAGUGAGGAUGGUUUAUAUUAGUGAUUAGGAUAUAUUAGGAUACAGUGAGGAUGGUUUAUAUUAGUGAUUGGGAUAUAUUGGGAUACAGUGAGAAUGGUUUAUAUUAGUGAUUAGGAUAUAUUGGGAUACAGUGAGGAUGGUUUAUAUUAGUGAUUAGGAUAUAUUGGGAUACAGUGAGGAUGGUUUAUAUUAGUGAUUAGAAUAUAUUGGGAUACAGUGUGGAUGGUUUAUAUUAGUGAUUAGGAUAUAUUGGGAUACAGUGAGGAUGGUUUAUAUUAGUGAUUAGGAUAUAUUGGGAUACAGUGAGGAUGGUUUAUAUUAGUGAUUAGGAUAUAUUGGGAUACAGUGAGGAUGGUUUAUAUUAGUGAUUAGGAUAUAUUAGGAUACAGUGAGGAUGGUUUAUAUUAGUGAUUAGCAUAUAUUAAUACAGUGGGGAUGGUUUAUAUUAGUGAUUAUGAUAUAUUGGGAUACAGUGAGGAUGGUUUAUAUUAGUGAUUAGGAUAUAUUAGGAUACAGUGAGGAUGGUUUAUAUUAGUGAUUAGGAUAUAUUGGGAUACAGUGAGGAUGGUUUAUAUUAGUGAUUGGGAUAUAUUAAUACAGUGAGGAUGGUUUAUAUUAGUGAUUAGGAUAUAUUGGGAUACAGUGAGGAUGGUUUAUAUUAGUGAUUAGGAUAUAUGAAUACAGUGAGGAUGGUUUAAAUUAGUGAUUAGGAUAUAUUGGGAUACAGUGUGGAUAGUUUAUAUUAGUGAUUAGGAUAUAUUAAUACAGUGAGGAUGGUUUAUAUUAGUGAUUAGGAUAUAUUAAUACAGUGAGGAUGGUUUAUAUUAGUGAUUAGCAUAUAUUGGGAUACAGUGAGGAUGGUUUAUAUUAGUGAUUAAGACAUAUUAAUACAGUGAGGAUGGUUUAUAUUAGUGAUUAGGAUAUAUUAAUACAGUGAGGAUGGUUUAUAUUAGUGAUUAGGAUAUAUUGGGAUACAGUGAGGAUGGUUUAUAUUAGUGAUUAGGAUAUAUUAGGAUACAGUGAGGAUGGUUUAUAUUAGUGAUUAGGAUAUAUUGGGAUACAGUGAGGAUGGUUUAUAUUAGUGAUUGGGAUAUAUUAAUACAGUGAGGAUGGUUUAUAUUAGUGAUUAGGAUAUAUUGGGAUACAGUGAGGAUGGUUUAUAUUAGUGAUUAGGAUAUAUGAAUACAGUGAGGAUGGUUUAAAUUAGUGAUUAGGAUAUAUUGGGAUACAGUGUGGAUAGUUUAUAUUAGUGAUUAGGAUAUAUUAAUACAGUGAGGAUGGUUUAUAUUAGUGAUUAGCAUAUAUUGGGAUAUAGUGAGGAUGGUUUAUAUUAGUGAUUAGGAUAUAUUAAUACAGUGAGGAUGGUUUAUAUUAGUGAUUAGCAUAUAUUGGGAUACAGUGAGGAUGGUUUAUAUUAGUGAUUAGGACAUAUUAAUACAGUGAGGAUGGUUUAUAUUAGUGAUUAGGAUAUAUUAAUACAGUGAGGAUGGUUUAUAUUAGUGAUUAGGAUAUAUUGGUAUACAGUGAGGAUGGUUUACAGUAGUGAUUAGGAUAUAUUGGGAUACAGUGAGGAUGGUUUAUAUUAGUGAUUAGGAUAUAUCGGGAUACAGUGAGGAUGGUUUAUAUUAGUGAUUAGGAUAUAUUGGGAUAUAGUUAGGAUGGUUUAUAUUAGUGAUUAGGAUAUAUUGGGAUACAGUGAGGAUGGUUUAUAUUAGUGAUUAGGAUAUAUUGGGAUACAGUGAGGAUGGUUUAUGUUAGUGAUUAGGAUAUAUUGGGAUACAGUGAGGAUGGUUUAUAUUAGUGAUUAGGAUAUAUUGGGAUACAGUGAGGAUGGUUUAUAUUAGUGAUUAGGAUAUAAUGGAAUACAGUGAGGAUGGUUUAUAUUAGUGAUUAGGAUAUAUUGGGAUACAGUGUGGGUGGUUUAUAUUAGUGAUUAGGAUAUAUUGGGAUACAGUGAGGAUGGUUUAUAUUAGUGAUUAGGAUAUAUCGGGAUACAGUGAGGAUGGUUUAUAUUAGUGAUUAGGAUAUAUCGGGAUACAGUGAGGAUGGUUUAUAUUGGUGAUUAGGAUAUAUCGGGAUACAGUGAGGAUGGUUUAUAUUAGUGAUUAGGAUAUAUCGGGAUACAGUGAGGAUGGUUUAUAUUAGUGAUUAGGAUAUAUUGGGAUACAGUGAGGAUGGUUUAUAUUGGUGAUUAGGAUAUAUUGGGAUACAGUGAGGAUGGUUUAUAUUGGUGAUUAGGAUAUAUUGGGAUACAGUGAGGAUGGUUUAUAUUGGUGAUUAGGAUAUAUUGGGAUACAGUGAGGAUGGUUUAUAUUGGUGAUUACGAUAUAUUGGGAUACAGUGAGGAUGGUUUAUAUUGGUGAUUAGGAUAUAUUGGGAUACAGUGAGGAUGUUUUAUAUUAGUGAUUAGGAUAUAUUAGGAUACAGUGUGGAUGGUUUAUAUUGGUGAUUAGGAUAUAUUGGGAUAUAGUUAGGAUGGUUUAUAUUAGUGAUUAGGAUAUAUUGGGAUACAGUGAGGAUGGUUUAUAUUAGUGAUUAGGAUAUAUCGGGAUACAGUGAGGAUGGUUUAUAUUAGUGAUUAGGAUAUAUUGGCAUACAGUGAGGAUGGUUUAUAUUAGUGAUUAGGAUAUAUUGGCAUACAGUGAGGAUGGUUUAUAUUAGUGAUUAGGAUAUAUUAAUACAGUGAGGAUGGUUUAUAUUAGUGAUUAGGAUAUAUUGGGAUACAGUGAGGAUGGUUUAUAUUAGUGAUUAGGAUAUAUUGGGAUACAGUGAGGAUGGUUUAUAUUAGUGAUUAGGAUAUAUUGGGAUACAGUGAGGAUGGUUUAUAUUAGUGAUUAGGAUAUAUUGGGAUACAGUGAGGAUGGUUUAUAUUAGUGAUUAGGAUAUAUUGGGAUACAGUGAGGAUGGUUUAUAUUAGUGAUUAGGAUAUAUUGGGAUACAGUGAGGAUGGUUUAUAUUAGUGAUUAGGAUAUAUUGGGAUACAGUGAGGAUGGUUUAUAUUAGUGAUUAGGAUAUAUUGGGAUAUAGUUAGGAUGGUUUAUAUUAGUGAUUAGGAUAUAUUGGGAUACAGUGUGGAUGGUUUAUAUUGGUGAUUAGGAUAUAUUGGGAUAUAGUUAGGAUGGUUUAUAUUAGUGAUUAGGAUAUAUUGGGAUACAGUGAGGAUGGUUUAUAUUAGUGAUUAGGAUAUAUUGGGAUACAGUGAGGAUGGUUUAUAUUAGUGAUUAGGAUAUAUUGAGAUACAGUGAGGAUGGUUUAUAUUAGUGAUUAGGAUAUAAUUGGUUGGUGUAGAUUAUAUAAUGAAGAUAUUAUGUUUAUUUAUAUUACAAUGAGGAAGAUUAGGUUGUGUUUGUACAGUAUAAUGGGGAUAUUGUGUUUAUAUUAUAGUGAUAAUACCAGGUGUAUUUAUUUAUUAUAAUACAUCCUCUAUCAUCUCUAUCUCUAUCUCUAUCUCUAUCUCUAUCUCUAUCUCUAUCUCUAUCUCUAUCUCUAUCUCUAUCUCUAUCUCUAUCUCUAUCUCUAUCUCUAUCUCUAUCUCUAUCUCUAUCUCUAUCUCCUCAUACUGAGAGGUCUGGUAACUGGCUGCAGAACCCGCCUUUUAUACUGCAGAGGGCCGGUCACACCGCGUCACCAUGGUAACUGUCCCCGCCCAUUCAAACGGUCACCGCCCGCUGACGUCGCAGACUGUCAGAAACAAGGAGGAAGUGGAGAGACAGGUAAUAACCGACCCAGGCUGGGAGUACUGAGAGUAUUAAUACUCUGUUACUGUCUGCCCGCACUGUGUGAGUAUUAAUACUCUGUUACUGUCUCCCCUCACUGUGUGAGUAUUAAUACUCUGUUACUGUCUGCCCUCACUGUGUGAGUAUUAAUACUCUGUUACUGUCUGUGUGCCCUCACUGUGUGAGUAUUAAUACUCUGUUACUGUCUGUCUGCCCUCACUGUGUGAGUAUUAAUACUAUCUGCCCUGUGAGUAUUAAUACUGUCUGUCUGCCCUGUAUGAGUAUUAAUACUGUCUGCCCGCACUGUGUGAGUAUUACUACCUGCCCUGUGAGUAUUAUUACUGUCUGUCCAGUGAGUAUUAUUACUAUCUGUCCUGUGAGUAUUAUUAUCUGAUCACGAUCUGCUCUCUCUGUGUCAGUAUGGGGGAUCACUAUCUGCUCUCUCUGUGUGUCAGUAUGUGGGGAUCACUGUCUGCUCUCUCUGUGUCAGUAUGUGGGGGAUCACUAUCUGCUCUCUCUGUGUCAGUAUGUGGGGGAUCACUAUCUGCUCUCUCUGUGUCAGUAUGUGGGGGAUCACUAUCUGCUCUCUCUGUGUCAGUAUGUGGGGGAUCACUAUCUGCUCUCUCUGUGUCAGUGUGGGGGGAUCACUGUCUGCUCUCUCUGUGCCAGUAUGGGGGAUCACUGUCUAACCUGCCUGUGCCAGUAUGGAGGGGAUCACUGUCUGCUCUCUCUGUGCCAGUAUGGGGGAUCACUGUCUGCUCUCUCUGUGUGUCGGUAUGUGGGGAUCACUAUCUGCUCUCUCUGUGUCAGUAUGGGGGAUCACUAUCUGCUCUCUCUGUGUGGUGUAUGGGGGAUCACUGUCUGCUCUCUGUGUGUGCUGGUAUGGGGAUCACUGUCUGCUCUCUCUGUGCCAGUAUGGGGAUCAUACUGCUCUCUCUGUGCCGGUGUAGGGGAUCACUGUCUGCUCUCUCUGUGCCGGUAUGGGAUCACUGUCUGCUCUCUCUGUGUCAGUAUGUGGGGGAUCACUAUUUGCCCUCUCUGUGUCAGUAUGGGGGGGUAUCACUACCUGCCCUCUCUGUGUCAGUAUGGGGGGGGAACACUAUUUGCCCUCUCUGUGUCAGUAUGGGUGGGAUCACUAUUUGCCCUCUCUGUGUCAGUAUGGGUAUGCUACCUGCCCUCUCUGUGUCGGUAUGGAGGUAUCACUACCUGCCCUCUCUGUGUCGGUAUGGGAUCACUAUUUACCCUCUCUGUGUCAGUAUGGGGGAUCACUAUCUGCCCUCUCUCUCUGUGUCGGUAUGGGGGGAUCACUAUCUGCCCUCUCUCUGUCAGUAUGGGGGGAUCACUAUCUGCCCUCUCUCUGUGUCAGUAUGGGGUGUGUGCUCUUUCUAUGUUCGGUAGUAUGAGUGAUGUACCCUGUGUGAGUAUGGGACAGAUAUGAACUUGGUCUUACUGAAAGCUAUUUAUCAUAUCCUGAGUAUCUGAAAUCAUAAUGUGACAAUGUCGUCUUAUAAGCAAUGCUGUGAUUUUUAUGGAGAUUGUCAAACAAUGUAGGCUGCUAUCAGGGGCCCGUGCCAGUUUGAGAGCUAUAUUAUGGGGCAUUGCUGGCUUGCUGUGAGUGAGAUUCCCUAAUUUGAUGUUAUACCCAGGGCCCAUUGGCAUAAUAAUUGGGUUUUUGUUUUCUCCAAUUCAGCUGAAGUCCCUGGGGCCUUCUUGCUGUGGGGACUGUGUUUCACCUUAUUACUACAACUGAGCAUUAUAGGAGUUGCAGACCACUGCAACAAGCAUAUCAGGCUGCCUGUAUUGUUGGGACAUAUAUCGUAAUUUGGUUAGUGUUUUGGCUGGCUUAGCAUUGUGGGGAUUUGUGAGCUCAAGGAGCCUUUCUGUCAGUUUUUCCUUAACUCCUGAACACUGUUGAACUAUGAUAGAAUGAAUAUAGGGCACCUGAUGUUUUGCUGGAUAUGUAUGUUGAGAUUUGCCUGUUCUCCCGAUAAAUUCUAUAUUGUGUGUGUGUGUGUGUGUGUGUGUGUGUGUGUAUGUGUGUAUAUAUAUGUGUGUGUGUGUGUGUGUGUGUGUGUGUGUGUGUAUAUAUGUGUAUAUAUAUAUAAUAUGUAACCCUCACAGGUUACUUUGUAAAAAUGUCUGUCACAUGACCAUACCAGGAAAUGGCAGGUUGAAUAGAAGUGGGUGCAGUCUUUCUCCUGACUUCGCACCAACAGUAAUGUGAAUAUGAUCUUGAUUUGACAACGUACUUUGCUAUGACAAAGUGAAAAAGUCACCUUACCUAAGGAACAAUAACAUGUUGUGUAACAGAGCUCGGUAUUCACUUUACAGUGCCACAUUUACACUGCCUGUGUUAUUCAUAGUUACAUAGGCUGAAAAGAGACUUGCGUCCAUCAAGUUCAGCCUUCCUCACAUAUAUGGUUUUGCUGUUGAUCCAAAAGAAGGCAAAAAACCCAGUCUGAAGUGCUUCCAAUUUUGCAACAAACUAGAAAAAAUUCCUUCUUGAACCCAAAAUAGCAGUCAGAUGUCUCCUUGGUUCAAGCAGCUAUUACCCUGCUAAUUAGAAAUGAUAUCCCUGUAUGUUAUGUUCUACCCAAGAACAAGAAUAUUCAUCUAGACCAAUUUCUUUUAGUUUAAAGACUAACCUAUCGUGGGGAACCGUAUCAAAUGUCUUGGCAAAAUCCAAAUAGAUCACAUCCACUGCAACACCCUGAUCUAUACUUCUACUUACUUCUUCGUAGAAUGCAAUUAGGUUAGUUUGACAUGAGCUAUGUUUCAUAAAACCAUGCUGAUUGUUGCUAAUAAAGUUCUUCCCAAUGAGUUCCUGGAUAUUAUCCCUUAAUAGCCCUGCAAAUAUUUUCGCAGUUACAGAAGUUGGGCUCACAGGUCUAUAAUUUCCAGGCAAGGAUUUUGAACCCUUCUUAAAUAUAGGAACAACAUCUGCCUUCCUCCAAUCCUCCGGUACAAUACCUGAAACAAAAUGCAUGUCAAUAUUAGGAAUUCAACCUUAAUUUCAAAUUGACGAGUAAGAACUAAGAACUUUGGCUAGUGUGCCCUAAAAUUUGAAAAUAAUUUAGAAUUCUCUGAAAUUCCCAUUUUAUGUAAAUAACCCUGACAGACUGAGUGUCGGAACAGGUUUUGUGGCUCCAAAUUACUGGUUUGUACUGUUUGCCUUUAAUUUGGAGGUUUGAAGUUCAAACUGGAAUGUGGAUUGCUGUUAGUGUUCAAAAGUAUCGUUACAGCGCUCGCAGUUCUUUUAACACAUACAGUGCAGAAUUACAGUGGAAAUAACCGCUUCUUUAUAGAUUUAUUUUUAUUAUAAAAUGUUAUCAUAAUAGUUUCCUUAAGGAUUUUAUAUCUUCUGCAAGUCUCAGUAGAACCUACAGAAAAUUAAUUGUAAUCACAUAUUGUGGAGAUUUGAUCAGAGAACGACACAUUACUGGCCAAAAUAGUUUUAAGGAGACACUAUAGGAACCCAGACCACUUCAGCUAAUUGAAGUGGUCUGGGUGCAGUGUCCCUUUUGCACUUGCAUGUUUACAUUGCAGCACUACCAGACAGCCACUAGAGGGCUUCCUGAAUUGAAAUGGACUUUUGGUCCGGUAUCUGGUGCUGGAGUCCUCACGCUCUGUAUGAGGACCUCCAGUGUCCGAUUUUUCCCCAUUGGAAAGCAUUGAUUCACUGGUUUCCUAUGGGGAGGUUUAAUGCAUGCAUGGCAUUUACCGUGCAUGCGCAUGAGCAAUUCUUGCGGGACGUUGGAGGGACAUCGGCGCUGGGAUCAGGUAAGUAAAUAAAGGGUUUUUAACCCUUUAUUUACCUGGGCGAAGGGUGACGAGGGAGGGUUGAAGACAGAGGGAGCUACAGUGCCAGAAAUACGGCUUUGUAUUCCUGGCACUAUAGUAUCCCUUUAAACAGACACCUGGUAGCAAAUUAAUGUAAAGUUAAGAAGACAUUGAACGUGAGAACCUAUUCUGUUGAUAUUAGUUAAUGUAUAGAUUGCCUUUUCACUUAUAUAAAGGACCACUAACAUUACACAGACCAGUUCAUCUCAAUGAAGUGGGUGCAGUGGUCCUGCCAUUUAAACCAUUUACUGUUGUUUUGUAGAAACAGCAAUAUUUACAUUGAAAGGUUUAAUAUACCUAUUGGUUGUCUUCCUGAAAUCCACUAAAGCCACUUCCAUCUCCAGAACGCCAUAGCUAUGUUUGAUUGAGGAACUCAGCAUUUGGAAAUGAGGCGUGUAAUCUUGAUUUACAAUGCUUCAUCGGGUCCUGCAUAAUAUUUAUAUAACUUUAAUGUUUAUCAGUAAAGGGGGUAAACAGUGGUCACAGUGAUAGAAGGGAAACGAUAGUUUCAAAAAAACAAUAUUUUCAGGUCUACAGGUUCACUUUAAUAACAAUAACAUUGAUGUCAAAAGUAUCAGCACAGUCAGAUUGUGAUCACUUUAACAUUGUAAACUGAUCAGCAGCAUAAUUAUCAAAUGAUUGAAUUACAUUUCAUUACUAGGAUCCAUUUCCGUGAAGAACUGCAAAAUUAUUAUUAUAUUUAUACAGCACCAACAAAUUCUAUAGCGCUUUACAAUGGGUGGACUAACAAACAUGUAACAGUAACCAGGCAAGUUUGAUGCACAGAAACAGUAGGGGCUGAGGGGCCCUGCUCAAUGAGCUUACAUGCUAGAGGAAGUGGGGUAAAGUGAGACAAAAGGUAAAGAAGUAUUAGGGAAGUAGAUUGGUAGAAUUCUUUUCAAUGAAGACUUAGUGUGGGCUUUUUUGGAGCCAUUAACAGUUUAAUUAACUCCUUAAAUAGCUACACAGGUUAGUGUACUUGUUAAUGCCUCAGACAAAGGCACUUUAGUAGCACCGCGUCAGGCUUUAUUUUUUAUUUUAAUUCACUGCACAUUUUAGUUUGGCACUUCUUUGUUAUGGUGUGAGGAUUCAUAUAGCAUUCCAUGAAGGACUAUUCUCUUUUAUGAGGUCAAUUUGGGGCAUUCUCUACAGAUAGUAAUGAAUGGAUGGAAUUAUGCUUUUGUCCAGGGCUGGACUGGCCCACCGGGAUACCUGGAAAUUUCCCGGUGGGCCGUCGGCACCUGGGGCAGGGCUGGCAGCUGGCUCUUCUGGCGGGCGCAGGGGGAGCUGGCUGUUCUGUCUCUGCUGCCCCGGUCUCAUUAAGCAGCGCGCUGGGGUGGGGGAGCAGAGACAGAACAGCCAGCUCCCUCUGCGGCCGCCAGAAGAGCCAGCUCCCCCUAUGCGGCCGCCAGCACACAGGUAGCAAUUAUGUAUGUCAAUGUGAGUGUAUGUGUCUGUGUCAUGGUGUGUGUGUGUCUCUGUCUGUGUCAUGGUGUGUGUGUGUCUCUGUCUUGGUCAUGGUGUGUGUGUGUGUGUCUGUUUGUGUCAUGCAAUGUGUGUCUGUGUCAUUGUGUGUGUCUGUCUGUGUCAUGGUGUGUGUGUGUGUGUCUGUCUGUCUGUCAUGGUGUGUGCAUCUGUGUCAUGGUGUGUGUGUCUCUGUCUGUGUCAUGGUGUGUAUGUGUGCCUGUCUGUGUCAUGGUGUGUGUCUGUCUCUGUCAUGGUGUGUUUGUGUCAUGGUGUGUGUUUGUGUGUCUGUCUGUGUCACAGUCUCUCUGUGUCGUGGUGUGUGUUUCUGUCUGUCAUGUAAUGUGUGUCUGUGUUAUGGUGUGUGUGUGUGUCUUUUUUAAGGUGUGUGUCUAUCAUGGUAUGUGUGUGUGUCUGUCUGUCAUGGUGUGUCUGUGUUUCUGUCUGUGUCACAGUGUGUGUUUGUGUCACGGUCUGUGUCAUGGCGUGUGUCUGUCAUGUUGUGUGUGUGUGUGUGUGUGUGUGUGUGUGUUUUUACUCACCUUGGUUUUCCCCCACGUCGUGCUGGUCUCCCCUCGACUGGCCCUGCCUCUAUGGCUGAGAUCAUCAAGCUUGAUGAUCUCAGCCAAUCCGCACUGACACAGGAAGCACCUCUAGUGACCGUCUGAGUGUCUGUCACUAGGAAGCAAUCUUUUCUCUAAAAAGUCAGUGUUUACAUUGAAAAGCCUGCAGGGACAGGCUAUAGACACCAGAGCCACUACAUUAAGCUGUGUGUGUGCGUGCUUGCUUGUGUGUGUGUGCCUGCUACUGAGUGAGCUUGUGUUUUUAUGUCAAUGACCUUAUGUAUAUCAGUGAGAUUGUUUGUUUGUCUGUGAGGCUGUGUAUCAAUCAGCUUGUGUCAGUGAGAUUGUCUGUGACUGCAUGUGAGUAUGCUUACUGUAUAAUUAAAAUUUUUACUCCUGAAAGGACCAAUAUUUUAUAUUGGAAAAAGAUAUAUAUAUAUAUAUAUAAUCAUCUAGGAUGGCAAGACAUAGCCUUACAUAUUACAUGCGACAAUAUAUGGCGCAAUGACUUAUGGGGAUGGCGUAGAUUUUUGUAUUUUUUUUUUUCAGGGUUGCUUUGGAAUCCCCAGUCCGGCCCUGCUUUUGUCUAUGUAGUCUACAGUCUUUACUUUUUUGACUUACUCAGCUAGCGACCUACAAGUUAUUUUUAGACCUAGCUAGUUGAGAAAUCUUUUUUUUAUAUGACAGCAUUACAAGACUGACUGGGUGGGGACCAUACCUUUGCAAGCCUUCAUUCACUUUUUAUAAUUUUUCUAGAUAGCAACUUUGACGUCGUAUUUUUCUUAGUUAGUUUAGUGAAGGCUUCUCUGUGUAUGCUAUUGUCUCUUUGUUAGCGGCUCAGACAUUCUGCACAGCUACAGUGGGAUAUAUUGUUUCAGCAUUUUUGGCUACAGUAUUUGCAAAGCGCAUCUGUGUUUAGCUUUAUAGACUUGAUAUGCUCGCAAUAGGAGGCUACAUUGUUCAAGUUUUUCCUGUUACAUUAUCCUACUAGUUUAUCUGUGUCUAGUUCUAUAGGCUAGCCUUCUUUUCUGAGAUACAGAUCUCCACUCUCUCCUCCCAACCUGUUUGUUGGUGAGGAUUAUGCUACAAAGGUUCCCACCUCAUAGCUUCCUUCCAAUUAUAGUCCAGUAGCCUUCUACAUUCUUACCCAUCAGGUUUGCUGAGCUUAUUAGCUCUCCUUAGGGAAUUAUAUACUGUGUGAUUUUUUUUUUUUUGAUUUUUUUUUUAUGUGAUACUUAUGUUCUUCAAUAAAUUGUGGUUUAAAUUUAUAUACAUUUCUUGCAAACCCUAGUGACUUUAUUCUGUCCUCUGGACUUUGUCCAUUGGCCACCUCAGUGUACAUUUCCGAGCCAUGACGCAUUUAAAAUCACACACAGUUAAUAGUAUGUGCUGGUGAUGUUGCCCUGAACUGGACAGAUGUAGAGAUGUAUGGAGUAACCACAUCCUUCCAAUCUCUAUUAGCUUGUUUUCCUGGCAUCAUGUUUUCUGAGUACUUCAUGUUCUUACCAUGUUCUGCUUAUGGUGCUUUUGUUCUGCUGUUUUUAACCCUAAAAAGACAUAUAAAUUAAGAUCUUUUUUUUUUUUUUUAAAUGCCUAAAUAUCAUAUUGGCACCUUUUUAAUGAAACACGUUUCCAUGGACACAAUAUGAUAGUGUGCUCUGCUAAGUGUGGGCUCAGGGGGCAUAAAGCUUUCCUGCCAUUGGACUUUGGAGUAGUGGAAACUUGUUUUCUAAUCUCUGGAUUCAUAAAUACCCCUUCAACAUCUGGUAAUUCAUCAGUCACACCUAGGGUCCGCAAAUGCCAGGAGAAUGCUGCUUGAUUGCAUAGUGCCAAGUGCAAAUAUUGGUGGGGCAAGAUUAAAGGGAUUCUAUAGUGCCAGGAAAACAAACCCAUUUUCCUGGCACUAUAGGCUCCUGCAGUGCCCCCCUCGCCUCCGUGAGGACAUCCAGCGUCAGAUAACGGACCAAAGGUCCAUUUCAAUUCUGGAAGUCCCUUUAGUGGAGAGGCUAGUGAGCAUCAUAUUGAAUAUAUAAUGCAAUAAUUAGGAAAGAUUAUUAUUUUUCUCUGUGCAUGUUGUUCUGAAAUGUACAGAUGACUAAGGCAGCCAUAUCUCACCUUGCCUGGAGUUGCUUACAAAAUAUGUACAUCCCAAUACUGCAUUAAUUAAAACAUUGCUUUACUGUAUUUUGUAUCUUUUAUAAACAUUCAUAUUUAUUGAGGUGGCCUAGACAUUUUUUUUAUUAUCAUUUUUCAUAUCAAUGCUUGUUUAAGAAGUAGUCAUGAAAUAGUCAUAUUAAGACAUAUCACAGGUUAUAUUUGGCAAAGUUAAGUGUUUACAAGAAUGGUAGCAAAGCAUUAAUAUUUUUUAAAGCAAGAGGGUUCAACUGUACAGGAAGAGCAGCCUGGGAGGUAAAAUGAAGUACAAUGAGUUGAGAAAGGUGCACAUCAAGCGUCAAGAAUUGCAUUUUGCCUGUCGGGGGAUCAGGCUGUCUGCUAAUGUGCCCCUAACCAAAGUGGGCUACUGGGGGUGAAAGAAGGUGAAGGUGUGGAGCUAAAUGCCUGCUAAGAUGGGCUAGGCCCUUAUCAUCAGUGCUUCAUAGGGUAGGGAGCUAGGUGUUAUGAGGCCUCCUAUGAGGUUAUGGCUAUUAUAGAUAGCUAAUAAUAUGAAGAGCGUGAUAGUGGACACAGAAAUAAACCUAAACGGCUACAUAAACAUAAAGACUCUAACUGCACUUAUGUCCCAUGGUCCCUAGCCAGUUCAAGUUCCAGAUGUCAGGGUCAUCCUAUUAGCAGGGAUAAAGGGGACAAUGCGAGAUAGAUCCCAGAGAUGAUUAUACUGCUGUCCAUCUGAGCCAGAUGGAGGUACCGGUAGGCCCACGUCCUGAAGGAGGGCCAGUGAUUCGGCUAGUGUGGAUACUUUGUGCGCUGUCUCGCCAUGUUUGACCACGACGAAUCUUGGUGACAUCCACCUGUAUUCUAUUCCAGCUGCUCUCAAUUGGCUUGUAACAGGGUCUUGCCCUUCAGUGCUGACAUCAUGAUUCUUUUGUUCUGGGAUAGUGAACAGUGGACGAUAACCUCUCGCACCGCCGAGGCCGUUGCCCCACCAGAUUUUGGGAGGCGAUAUGUCCCAUCCAAGGUGAACUUUUUGGCCUGUGUUGGCGGUAAGACAGAGACUACUAUUAACACAGUAAAGGAGUUUAAGCAUGCGUGGGAUAGGCAUAAGGCUAUCCUAACUAUAUAAGAUACGGCUAGGGACUAAUGAAAGUAUUUAGAAAAUUGGGCAGACUAGAUGGGCCGAAUGGUUCUUAUCUGCCGUCACAUUCUAUGUUACUAGGCGCCUAAAGUAGUGCGGGAGCGCCUGCAGCUUAAUAGCAUCGGGGAUACCCCUGAUCUUUAGGUGGUUGCGUCAGGACAUGUCGUCAAGCGCUGUGUAAUGGAGUGCUAAUGUGGAUUGAGAGAUGAUUGUAAGUGGUGGACAGAGUCCUGCAAUAGUAAAAGUCACUCCUUGAGGGUGGCAAUUUCCUCCUCCGAGGUAUUUACUCUAUCUGUAACCACUUGUACAUCAGCCUUCAUGAUAGCCACAUCGACUGCCAACAAAUUUUUUAUUUCCACUACUAGGUUGUGGAAGUUCUAUUUAGUGUAGUUUGUUCCAGUCCCGUCAGCUGCGGGGGAAAUUCGGCCUGGGUGAGGCUCCCUGAAUCUUCCGCUGCCACAAGGCCCUCUGGCUCCGCCAUCUUGGGCUGCAGCUGCUGUUGGAGAAGGGUCCCUAUAUUCCUCGACCCUGAAGGUAAGUCGGGUUGUGAUCUCUGGGAUUUCCUUCCCAUAUCUGGGUGUGGUGAGUGCUGGGUGCGGGAACGUCCGCUAGUACACCAAAAGGCCCCAGGUCGCCGUACACCUCAGAAAGCGCAAGGUCCGGGAAUAGAUGGUAGGCCCCGGGUUUGCGUGUUUGCCGUUUUGACUUGGGGUUACGAAAAAACGGCAUAGGUCGACGCUGUAUGGUUCUUAGAGAUGAGAUCAGGUCUAUAGUCAGAAUUUGAGUGUUUUGCAGGUAUUCAUGCUUAGCUAUGAGAAAUGACGUCUGCUCCAGGACAAGGUCAGGCUCCGCUCCCUCAUAACUGAAACGGAGUGCUUGUACUUGAGAGUGUACACCUGCUGUAGUGGUUAUGGUGCCCUAGUUCAAUCCCACAGUAAGUAGUCAACUUGUUUUAGUACAUUAUGACAACUUACUGGGAUGCAUUUGAUCUUCUCUCGCUGGGUAAGUGAGAAGUCUCUGUAGAAUAAAGCAAACUGACCCAAGAAAGUUGGCAAACCAUCCUAAAUUUACCAGCCGUGAGAGUGCGCCAGGGAACUCCUGGCACCAGAACUGUAGUAGUUAUGGAGUGUUCCCUUAAAAUCUAUAGAACUCUAGUCAUGAGUGCAACUCAUUAAAUGCCUCUGUACAUUUGCAGCUGACAUUUCAUAAAGUCUAAAUAAAAAAAUAAAAACAAUUUGGAUUUUUAAAUAGCAGAUUUUAAAAACAAACAAACAAAUCUUUCACUUUGUAAAUUAUCGAAAUAAACCUAUAUAUGACUUUUUUUCUUCUUCAGGUAAAGAGCUUGCAGGACUUCAUCGAAAUAAAUACAGUAGCUGUUAAGAGUUUUGCCUCCUAGUUUACAAUCUGUUUGUAGUUCAGUAUUGUUUUUCAUUGUCCGUAUUUCAUUAUCACUGAGAAUGCUUGUACCAAGCCAAGAUUUAUUUCACCUAAAUGACUGUAUCACAUCUUUGGAAAGAUAACUGUAGUAUGUGUGGAGUCCUUUUGAAAUCAUCUUGCUUUCUGUAUGGCAGUUUAGGUUUUGGGGACAUGUUUACAUUAAAGGGGAACUAUAGUCAUCAGAACAACUACAGCUUAAUGUAGUUGUUCUGGUGAGUAUAGUCCGUCCAUGCAGGAAACCCCCUUUUAAUGUUUACAUUACAGCCUAGGGAUACCUCCAGUGGUCACUCCUCAGAUGGCUGCUAGAGAUUGUAACGGAUCACCUGGCACCCCGACUGGGUACCUCCGUUGAAGGAUGCUCCUAGCGCUUCCUGAGGACUCCAAGCACUCUGGCAGACACCACAAUCACUGAACCGGAGAAACAAAUAAAUUCUCCCAAGCAUAUGAAUGCUGUAGACAGUUGAAUAGAAACCAUACGAAUAGGUUUACUCUCCUAGCAGUCAAACUGGAACAGCAUACAAUAAAUCCUUCCCCCAAUAAUGAGACGACACUUCACUUUGAGGGUUAAAACAGGAACUCCCUGUACUGUCACAUACAGUCUCUUUUAUUCCCAAUCCACAAACAUAGUACAGCCCACAGGGCGUUACAAAACAACCAAUCAAUCCGUACAAUACACCCAGACACUCCCACACAAAAUCCUCCCCUCUGCAGGUGAUAUGAUUACUGAACACAAUGGGUAAUCUCAUUAUCACCGGCAGAGGAAUACAGUUUUUACACAAUAUUUAUAACUUCUAAAAUAUACAUGUCACAAACAUAAAACAUACAUUUUCAUAAUCAAUCCAUUCAGGGGAACAACAUAUUAAAAAAUGGCACGAAUCAGACCAGGGGUUCAAAAGUUAAGGGAAAGUCCUUUGUGACUAAAUGAAGCAUGGCUUUCCGGCCCAAACCAGUUUCAGAGUCUUCUAUCCUGGAGAUAAGUGAGAAGUAAUUCAAUUAUCUCCCAGGACAGACACAAGACUCCAUUAUGCACAUGGUGAGCACAGAGCAUUAAACUAUUAUAAAAUACACAAAGUCACAUUUUAUACAUAAAACACAGACAUGUCACAUAUCCCCAGAUAGCUGGGAUCUGAGCGCACAAAACUACCGAAUAGCGCUCAGAUCCUAUUCACACAGUUCAAUUGCCAUGGAGCCGAAGUCUUUAACUACACGAAUGUGCUCCAUGGCAUAGCUAUCUGGGUUAACACAUUCACAUAAAGUCUGGUCCAUAGUCCAAAGGCAAGAGGCGGGCAAGCAGCCCCCUCCAAGGACACGUGACGAGGCCGGUUUCGCCACAGAGGUAAUUCCGGGGGAAGUGCUGUACACUGUGAUUGACAAUCAGUGUCUCGACACUCUGCAUUUCCCUAUGGGAAAGCAUUGUGAUUUGCUGAGAUCAUCACUUCUGAUGAUGUCAGGCAAGGAAGUAGAUCAUCUGCUAGUUUUAGUCUUUGUUGAUUGUUGCAAGUUAAUUUUUGUUACCUUAGUAUUUAGGGGUUCUUUAAAAGUAGUGUUUACUACUGUUCUCAUAUUUAUCAUCCUGAAUUCUCUUCCCAAACUUAAAGGACCACUAUAGUCCCAGGAAAAAAAACUUGUUUUCCUGGCACUAUAGGGUCUUUAGGUCCCACUCCCGCUGGGCUGAAGGGGUUAAAACCCCUUCAGCCACUCACCUUUCUCCAGUACCGGGCUCCCUCGGCGCUGGGGAACUCUCCUCCCUCUGCCGACAUCAGCGCCAAAUGCAUUCAAACUGCCCAUAGGAAAGCAUUUCUCAGUGAGACAGCCACUAGAGGCUGGAGUAACCCUCAGUGAAACAUAGCUAUGUUUUCAGUUGCAGGGUUAACACUAGAGGGACCUGGCACCCAGACCACUUAAUUGAGCUGAAGUGGUCUGGUUGCCUAUAGUGGGCCUUUAAAUAUGCAAAUUGUAGUUGACCUUGACUAUUGGAUAAACCAGCUGACGUGUCUUUGCAUCGUGUCUCAUCACUAAAUUCAUGUCCGCCAAAUUCUUAAAAUCAUUCAGAGCUUGAAGUAGGUAGAUAACCCAUCACUGCUAAUUUUAAAGAAAAUACUUUAUUGAGCUCAAAACUGUUCACGAUGCUAUGUAGCCCUAACAUGGUUUGCUUAUAUUUCCAGGUAACUUGAAUUGGAAGAUGUCUCGAGUGAUUGCCAUAUUAAUGUUUCUGCACGGACUGACAUUCUGUACGGGGGAUCAGUCAAAAAGCAACACAACAUCCAAAUUAAUCCUGGUUUCCUUUGAUGGAUUCAGGGCGGAUUACUUAUCAAAGUUCUCUUUACCUAAUCUCCAGGAGUUUAUGAAGGAAGGCGUGCUUGUAGAAGAAGUAAAAAAUGUGUUUAUCACAAAAACUUUUCCCAAUCAUUAUUCUAUAGUGACAGGCCUGUAUGCCGAAAGCCAUGGAAUUGUGGCUAACCAAAUGUAUGAUUCAGAAAAUAACAAGACGUUUAACACCUCCACUUAUAAAGAUUCCUUCUGGUGGGAUCAGGCAACUCCCAUUUGGUUGACAAAUCAGCUCCAGGGUCGUAAAAGUGGCUCUGGAAUGUGGCCCGGCACUGAUCUGAUCAAUCAUAAUUUCACACCUUCCUACUAUCUCAAUUAUGACCCUAAUGUAAACUUUUCUGAGAGGGUAAAUAACCUCACCAAUUGGUUCAUGAAACCAGACAAUCCAAUCAACUUUGCCCUUCUGUACUGGCAUGAGCCUGACUCUAGCGGACACCGUUAUGGACCUGAUGAUGCCUCAAACAUGUCAAAAGUGUUGAGUGCAGUGGAUGAGAAUGUUGGCUACUUGAUGUCAAAGUUGAAAGAGUUUAAACUCUGGGACACGGUCAAUGUGAUUAUAACCAGUGACCAUGGAAUGGCCGAGUGCUCAAAGGAUAAGGUUAUCAAACUAGAUGAUUGCAUUAGUCGUGAUAAAUACAUACUGGUGGAUUCCAGUACGAUCGGAGCUGUGCUUCCAGUUGGUGGUACGUAUAGAUGAAUUACUUGUUGUUUUUGACACUUCAUUGGCUUAAAUUUCCUUACAUUACUUUUAGAAUAACUUGCUGACUGGUCAUGGUAUGUUUAGUUUGCUCUUAGUGCUGUUUACUAACAUUUGUCAAGCCCUGAUUUAGAAUGUUACCUAGACCUUAGACAUUGCAUUGUAUUAUGUGGUUGGUUGCAGACAGACGGGAACAUGGUUGCAGAUUAGUGAUGUCCCGAACUGUUCGCCGAACGGUUCGCCACGGUUUGCCACGAACGGUUCGCUGCGAACUCCAGUCAGCAGACACAUUCCAGCCAAUCAGCAGCAGACCCUCCAUCCCAGACCCUCCUACCUCCUGGACAGCAUCCAUUUUGAAGCUGCAUUCUUAGUGAGCUGUCCAGGAGGUGGGAGGAUCUGGGAGGGAGGGUCUGCUGCUGAUUGGCUGGAAUGUGUCUGCUGACUGGAGUCCGUGGCGAACAGUUCGGGACAUCACUAUUGCAGAUAACACGAUUGGCUAGAUGAGCACUUGGGUUGCAGGGCACAAGGAUUGAUGAGGAAGAAAGGGAGUAUAUUUGUAGCAACAGAGGGGUGAGUAGGGUGGGAAGACCUUGGCGAACAAGUGGCAGCUGUGAAAAAAUGUUCGUUUGUUGAAGAGGAAUGAAUACCAUUAUAGUAAUCUUAUUGGCUCGUUUUUUCAGCCAGUAGUAUUCUAACUUGAUUAAAGAUUGUUGCCCGUGACCAGAAAAUGCACAGAUCUCAAUAGACAAAUGGCAUCCCUCUCCUUCUUAGAGCAUUACACAAGUUAUCUGACACUUGCAUACAUUGUGACUUUUUCACAUUAUUGUCUUCAUGUGUAAAAGCAACGUAGUUUAAAGAGGAACUGACACUUUGUACAUUUAUCAUUAUCUAAUGGAUAAUUAAAAAUUAGCUUAUGCUUGUGCAAAAUAGUUAAGUUUUGCAGUGCCUAUGGUCUGUUAGAAGCUGAAGCCCACAUGUACAUGACUAAGGUAUCAUGGGAUGAUGGUCACCUCAACAAGAAAAUGCAGUAGAGGUGAGUAUUUUUUUACUCUGCCCCGCCUAAUUAUUCACCCCAGUAAAUGUUUUGGUACUCUAUUCACUGUCCUUUAAAGGGACACUGUAGGCACCCAGAUAACCUCAUCUCAUUAGUGUGGUCUUGGUGCAAUACCCCUGUUUCCUUAACCCUGCAAGUGAAAACAUUGCAGUUUUCAAGAAACUACAAUGUUUAAAUUUCAGUUUUAAGACCGCCACUAGAGUUGCGUCCUCGAUUCACAUGGGAGUUUAACUCCUGUGAAAUGAAGCUGGACAUCCUUAUGUUUUGCAUGAGGACAUCCAACGUCUUCAAAAUUCCCAUAGGAAAGCUAUGAUUCAAUACUUAUUGGGAAGGCCUAAUGCUUGCUCGCUGAGCAUGUGCAUUGGGAUGUACAUCAGCAUGACGUUGCUGGAGGAGGAGGUAAGUGGGGGGAGGGAGGAGAAUGGUUUUCAACCCUUUUCAAAUUUGUGCAUGAGGGUCCUAGUAUGUGAAGUGUACUAUAGUGUUGAGAAUACAGGUUUGUAUGACUAAUGCUAUAGUAAAUAGACUUUCCUCUCCAUUCAUUUUUUUUCCUCCCAUAACACGACUGUAUUAAUUUUAAAAAGUGUCAUGUUCUCAACCUGCUGUAGUCAACGAAAAGUGAGAGUGUAUGUAAACAACGAUUUAUGUUUUCUUGUAUGAAUUGCUUUACAAAAUCCAAAUCCUGGUUUUAUGUUCAAGUGACCUGGCUCUUAUAAAUGUUCUUUCCGUAGAUCCGCAGGAUGUAUACACCAAGCUAAAAAACUGCAGUACAAACAUGCAGGUGUACCUGAAAAAGGACAUACCCGAUCAUUAUCACUACAAACAUAAUAGCCGUAUCCAGCCUAUACUUCUAGUGGCAGACGAAGGCUGGUUCAUCGUGCAGAACGGAUCACUAAAAACAUGUAAGGUUUCUUGUUCACCAUUACCUCGCUAUAAAGAAUAUCUUAUAAUUCUAAGACUAUAUAUACACAUCAUGGUUAUCGAUAUGUACUGAUUAUUCUAUGUGCAAUAAGUAUGGGGAACCUUCAGCUUUUUUCCCAAUGUGAAAAGGGUGCAAGGCUCUUUUACCAACCUAUACUUUUGCAGUUACUUAGCACAACUCUGUUAUGUUAAAUUUGUUUAGAAUUGAAAUAUCAAUUUAAAUUAAAUGCGCUGUACACUCGGUCUGAAAAUGCAGAUGUACACAUGGCACAUCUCUUGUAUAUUAAGUCUGUGAAGCAGUAAGGUGCAAAAAGAAAAAAGAAACACCUAGAGUAGAACUUUAAAGCACAGUAUUUUUCUAUAACAUGCUUCUCAUAGCCCACAUUGUUUUGUUGCACUUAGUUUAUGUCUUUGAAAACUGGGAAUAAUUAAAUGUAAAAUGAGUGGUGGAAAAUACAGCUCUGAAUGAAUGAUAAGUGAUUUCUUCCUAUAUUGCAGUGGGAAAUCAUGGCUAUGACAACCGCCUACCCAGCAUGCAUCCCUUCCUGGCUGCCCGCGGACCAGCAUUUCAGAAGAAUUACAAAAUUUCCACCAUAAACAUGGUGGAUAUCUACCCUAUGAUGUGUCACAUCCUUGGAUUAAAGGAAAUGCCCAACAAUGGCACGCUGUCCAACACCAAGUGUCUGCUGGUUGAUCAGUGGUGCAUACAUGUCCCAGAAGCCAUUGGGAUUGUGCUGGGAUCUUUAAUGGUUCUCACCACACUGACAUGUAUCAUAAUAAUGCUGAGAAAGAAGAUUUCUUCCCCGCGUCAGUUUACAAGGCUUGAGUUCCAGGAUGACGAUGAUCCUUUAAUUGGGUGAAUGAGGGUGUUCUAGUGCAGGCGCCUCAAGUGGAACCCCCCGCCAGCUUGUUUAAAACUACAACUCCCAUGAUGCUUUGCCAGACCUAGGGAAUUUCCCUUUAUCACUUAUGGCUGUCAAAGCAUUAUUUGUAGUUCUUCAACAACUGGUGGAUCACCUUUUCCCUGGUUUUAGAGUUUCGGCAAAGCACAACAGAGUACUUUAAACCAAAGAUUCCCUGCUAGUAAUGUGGAAAUAUUUUCUGAAGCAGUUUUGUAUGUCUGAGGUUUGAUUGUUUCUGUGUGUGUGUGUGUGUGUGUUUGUGUUUGGGGGAGGGUUAGUUUAAUACACCAGCUAUGUUGAACUAUAAUGCAUGUUAUUCUGGUCUGUUGGUCUGCUGCCUCUGUAGUCAAGAUAUAUUUUUAUAUUUCUUACAGGUAUUUCCCUCUUUGAGAAGUAUGUGUUUAAAUAUGACCUUUUUUCCUACUGUAUACUUAAAGGGACACUCCAGACACCCAGACGACUUCUGCCGAUUGGAGUGGUCUGGGUGCCAACUCCCACCACCCUUAACCCUGCAAGUGUAAUUAUUGCAGUUUUUAUAAUUUGGGUGGAGCCUGACCUAGCGCCAAGGGACAUCGGCGCUGGAUUCGGGUAAGUCACUGAAGGGGUUUUAACCCCUUCACCAACAUGGGAUGGAAGCGGGAGGGAGAGGGCGCUAGGUCAGGCUCCACCCAAAUUCCAUUGCAGGGUCCUGCAGUGCCCAGAAAACGGAUUUGUUUUCCUGGCACUGGCUAGGUCAGGCUCCACCCAAAUUCCAUUGCAGGGUCCUGCAGUGCCCAGAAAACGGAUUUGUUUUCCUGGCACUGGAGAGUCCCUUUAAUAGGAGAAUUUAUUAUUAAAAGUGAGCAAAAGCAGCUCUUCUAUUGGCUGCGACAGAAACUUACAAACCAUGGACAAGCUUUAAACCUGCCUGCAGCCAGUAAGCUUAGCUACUUACCGACUGUAGGUAUGUGCUGGUUCUCACACCACUGCCUUAAAUAUUAAAUAAUGGGCUUUUCUAAGAAGCCUUCCCCAGAUGUGUGCAGAAACUGUUUUGUUCACUAAAAUUGUAUAUUAAAAAAAAAUGUGUUUUAAAAUAUUUUUAAGCCUAAAAUCCACUUUGAAUCAUACUUGACCUCAUUAAUAAUUAAUAAGAGGAAACAGUUGUGUAGAUGAUACAAAUUGCACUGUUUUAUUCUUCCAUUGUAUAUUUAACUGAUUCAGACUGUGGUGUUGGCAAUUUGCACUGUUACAGCAGUAACUCUUCUCCUUAAUGUAAAUGUUUCAGGGUAAUGUCCAUUUACGGAUUUGGGUGGGUAGCCAUUUCUGAAUUGCUGAUAUUUUUUUUGUUUUUAAAACGUGUACAUGAAAAAGAUUAAAUUGAUUAGUAUUUUUUGUUAGUGUGAAUUAUUUUAUUAUGUAUGUACUUUUAUUCUUUAUUUUUCAUUGUGUUUACAGCAUUUGUAGGAAUGUUGGUAAUUGAUAAGUCGGUUUGUCAAAAAUAAGAUCGAUGACAAAUGACGAGCAGUACAGACCACUCGCAUAUAUUUAUAGCUUUAUAAGGAAAACACCCCUCUGCUCUAGGCAUUUUUAAACGGAGUGUGAUUAUCUUCAUUAGUAGGAAAUCCUCUUCCUUUGAAGGUUAACCUAGUAAAGAAGAUAUUUGAUUCAUCUUGGUCUCUAAUAGUAGUAAUACAUGUAUUCUCUAUUUACUAGAACGUGAUGAGAGUACCCAAUAACGUUAUAUAAAGUAUGUAUGUAGAUAGAUAUAGCAAGUUCAUUAACUCCAUAAAUCUCACAAUCGCUUUCGAUAUGACAUGUCCAGGGCUGGCUCAGAUUGAUGGGAGUCACAUUCUGUUUUACAAAAAUCUUUGAGCAGUGCUCCCCACAUUCUCUUGAGUCUGAGGUCGCGCUCGCCCCUGCCAUACCAUCAGCAUGUUCUCACACCCCCAUUACAGCAAUAUAUCAGUAGCAUUCAUUGUGGUGACGAAAAUGUCACAAUCUGAAUAUCUGACACAUAAUCUGUGCAAUACAGCGAAAAAGUCAUUAUGAAAUAAGCUGUCGUUUGACAUUUUAGCAUACAUGUACAUAGACCAGGGGUGGGUAAUCUCUGACCCUCCAGAUGUUAUGGACUGCAUCUCCCUUGACGCUUUGCUAGCAUUAUGGCCCUAAGAGAAUUAUGUGAGAUGUAGUCCAAAACAUCUGGAGGGCCGAAGAUUGCCCACCGCUGACAUGAAGACGAAAUUAAGAAAUGUACUAUAGUAAAUACACUGGGCAUGCAGCCAGCACACUUACACUAAAGUAACAGACGUGGGAUCUCAUGCUUAGAGCUUCGGGAUGCUCCAUGCUAUGCUAGUACUAACAAAGCUGGGCUGGCAAUUUAGCUAUUCUUUGGUUUUACGUCUGUAGGUUGGAGGACUUGAUAUCCUGCAUCUAUUGUUUUAAUGCGAGAUGCUGGCUUUGUGUCCAGUGAAGUUGAAAUAUAUCAUUUUUUUUAUUUAAUGAAGCAGUGAAUGUAAACGAAAGCGAUAUGGUUUGCUGGUAUUCCCAGCUCAAAUUAUUCCCAAAUGGAAGGUUAAUUAUUAAGACGCAAACCUCACUGGGCUUUGUGAGCGCUUCUUCACAAUUUGUUGUUGCUUAAUCCUUGUUAAUUGUUUUUGGAUUUAGUUUUUUUUUUUUUCUCUUUUUCGAAAUAACCUGUCUGUACGUGGUUUAGACCCACUUCCUGAGUGCAGCAGUACUGGAGGAAGUGUUACAAUCUACUGCUAAAUACAAUACUAUGCAUUAGUGUACAGGCACCCAUAACAAGCUUUGUUGAUAUUCUAUAAAAAAAAAUAAAAAAACAACUCUAUGUAUUUAAAUGCACUAUUUAAUUGCUAAUUUAAACUGACUGAUAGAAAUACAACUGUAAAUAUGAAGUUUAAUUGUUUGGGCACCGUGUCACUGCUUAGCUACAUUGACUUAAGCUGAAAAAGCUGCAUGUAGCAAGGUAACAGUCUGUCUGUUCUUGUUUUAGGAAUCUCCCUGACUUUCCUGUUCUAGAAUAAUUCUAGUUCAGAAAUAUUUGUUGGUUGUCUCGCGUGCCCUGUGCCUGAGAUCAACCAUAAGAUCAGCUGAUCCUGGAGAGCCAACAGAAGCUCCUUGUGGAUCCCAGAUUAGUUGUUGAACUGUUAGCAAACGGUUUAAAUACUUGCAUGAGCGGAUGUGAGGGCACUCCUGGCACCAUAACCACUACAAGUGCUGGAACUGUCUCCCCUUAACUAAUGAUCUAAGAAACAAAUUUUACACAAUUAGAUUCUUAGACCUUUUAAAGAAAUCACUAGUGGAUCAACUCAAAUUAUGCCCAAAUUUUAGCACAUGCAACAUUUCUUUUUAUUUUUUUAAAUAAUUUUUUUUAAUAUUCUUCAAAGUCCACAAAUAACUAUGAAUUCUAAUUUAUAGAAAUAUGUUGCAUUUACAUUUAUUCACUGCAGAGAUUGUGCAGCUCUGUAACUCUUUAUCAUCAGGCAUCAUUUGCUUCCGUAAACUUGCCACUGUCACUGUUUCCUCUACCUGUGAUGGUGUAUGGCCACUAGUAAGCUUACAAGCCCAAGGUUAAAUAUCAGCUCAGCCAACAGUGAAACGCAAGUGGAAAUUAAAUACAAAUAUAUAGAUUUUUACACUAUGAAUCAGAGUAAAUUGUACCUUCAUAAGACACGGGUUACUCCAACACUUUUUGGCUUUUUUUUGUUUUCAAAUAAUGCCCUAUUGGGUAUUAUUCGUUAGUAAUUGUACCCUCCUCCUCCAAACAUUAACCCCUUAAGGACCAAACUUCUGGAAUAAAAAGGAAUCAUGACAUGUCACACACGUCAUGUGUCCUUAAGAGGUUAAAAUAAGUAAUAGAAUAUGUUUCUACUUCCUUUGAAUCCAGAGCCAGGGGAAACUCCUGGUGCUGCUCAGCGCUCCCCCAUUUGACUUCAUGGGAGCUGAGCAGAGGUCCAUUCAAAUUGAUUGGACCAUAUAACCGUCUCAGAGCGCAUGCACAUGCUCUGAGCCUGCAAUGGGAGAAGGAAAAAAAUAGCGGAGGGUAUAGGGAAGGCUGCAGUUAAUUGGGGAGGGAUGGAGGUGACAAAUGUUAUUGACGUUUGGCAGGUUAUCUUAAGUCAAAUGUUCCGAGGGUGUAACAACCCCCUGGCACACUAUUGCAAAUAUAUCUAAACGUGCAGCAUUUUAACCAGAAGUGGUCAUGGUGGUUGGAUUAACCAUUUAAUGGACAGAAUAGCUGUGUGUGCAUAGAUAUUUUAGACAUGAUGAAGGGAGCAGCUUAAAAGCUUGUCAUUCUGAAAUACUUUUAUUUCAUUAAACAAGGUAUCACAAGAUACUGAAGCACUCCGUUCUAAUAGAUGGUUCUUUACGGUUGCCUUUUAUGCCAAACUUUCUGCUUUGUUAAAAAUGAAAACCAGAGGUUACUUUCUUAAAUGUUUUAAUUUAAGAGCAUCCUUAAUGGAAACAGAAGAAAAUAAUUAUUAUAUAUAAAAUACUGUGUGUACAUAUAUUUGUACGAAAAUGAUCCUAGAAUACACCUAGAAUUUAAUAUAUAAAUUGCUUUCAAAUUCAAUAUUUUUCUAACCUAGUCUUUAUGGUACUAAUGUUAUUUUAUUGUUUUAAUAAAAAUGGAUAAACU